AUGGAGAAUACGCGGCAUGCGCCAAACCCCUCGCUAGAUCCCACCCCACCCUCAUUUGCAGAUUUCUCGUUUCCGUACAACGGCCUGCCGGAAAAUGGCCUGCAGGGCGACUCAAAGUUGGACAACACUUCGGACCCGUACAAUCUAUCCGGGCCAUCUUCGGGCUCGGAUCAUCGCAACUCAACAACUUCUCUGCACCAUGACCACCGGGAUUCAAUCACAUCUAUACCAGGGGACCACCAGGCGUUGAUGUCGGGAGUUCCUCGAGCUGGUUUUAGCAUCGGCCAUGCUGGUAAUGCAAGCGUCAGUGGUUCAGAAGAUGCGAGCCCGACCAGCAAUCGUGCUGGUGGGGGACUAGAUGGUAGCUUCAAUGACGACUUUGGCCUCAACAGUGGCGGAGCUUUGGACGGAAGUGAUUUGGGAACUCGGUCGAAAGAAGACAAGAACGACCCAAACCCGCCAUGGAGUGAAUUGAAAACCAAGGCCGGCAAGGAGCGCAAGAGGCUGCCGCUGGCGUGCAUUGCAUGCCGAAGGAAGAAAAUUCGGUGCUCGGGAGAAAAGCCUGCGUGCAAGCAUUGUCUUCGAUCACGGAUCCCAUGUGUUUACAAGGUCACCACUCGGAAGGCUGCGCCUAGGACAGACUAUAUGGCCAUGCUUGACAAGAGGCUCAAGAGAAUGGAAGAGAGAAUCAUCAAGAUCGUGCCAAAAGAAGAACAGGACAGCACUGCGAUAGCCGUCACGAGAGCCGCUGUGAAGCCUGCCAUCCCUGGGACAAUUUUUACACGAAGCUUAUCGGGCAAGAAGCGUCCUGCAGACGAAGCCUUUGGACCGGAACUUGACAAUUGGUCGAAAUCAGCAUCUAAUCCUAAUUUGGAUGCGGGCUCAAAGCCGACCUCGUUGAUGAUACAGGAGGCCGAGGAAAGCAAGCUUUUAUUAGAAGGUGCUGAUGCACUGCCCUCGAAGGAGCUCCAAGAGCACUUGUCAGAGGUUUUUUUCGACAACAUAUAUGGGCAGACUUACCAUUUACUACACAAGCCAAGUUUUAUGAGAAAGCUGAGGGCGGGUACUGUGCCACCAGUUCUCAUACUUGCAGUCUGUGCCAUUUCUGCUCGGUUUUCAACCCAUCCAAAACUCAACACAACUCCAGCCUUCUUAAGGGGCGAGGAGUGGGCAUCCGAGGCUCGUGAUAUAGUGAUGAGAAGAUACGAAUGGCCCAACAUCACCAUACUAACAUGUCUAUUGAUACUGGGUCUGCACGAAUUUGGUACCUGUCAAGGUGGCAGGAGUUGGGCGCUCGGCGGGCAAGCUAUUCGAAUGGCAUAUGCAUUACAACUUCACCGCGAUCUCGAUUACGAUCCCCAGAAGCGCAAUGGGACAGCGGAGUUGAGCUUUAUCGACCGAGAAAUCAGACGAAGAACAAUGUGGGCAUGCUUCCUAAUGGAUCGGUUUAAUUCUUCUGGCACAGACCGUCCCACAUUCAUCAAGCAAGAGUCAAUCAAAGUGCAGCUUCCAAUCAAGGAGAGAUACUUCCAGCUCGACAUGCCAGGUCCAACAGAAGAUAUGAAAGGCAACGUGCCACACCCUGUUUCUCCUGGCGCUGGUCAACUCUCGAACGCGAAGGAUAAUAUGGGAGUUGCAGCUUAUAUGAUCCGAUCCAUCGCUCUGUGGGGCCGCAUCAUCAACUACCUCAACCUAGGGGGUAACGAAGAAGACCCGCAUCCAAUGUGGCAUGCAGAUUCGAAUUAUGGAGGUCUUAUCAAGCAAAUUGAAUCCUUCAACUCGAGCCUACCUGAAUCGCUGAAGUAUACGCCAGAAAAUCUUCAUACCCACGAGACGGAAGGACUUGAGAACCAAUUUUUAUUUCUUCACAUUGCUAUCCAGCAAAAUAUUCUUUUCAUGAAUCGGUUUGCGGUUCCAGGCCAACCAGGAGGUCGACCGCCAGCUGAUGUCCCGAAGGAUUUCGUUACCAAGGCAGGAGCGAAGGCUUUUGAAGCUGCAAAUAGGAUAUCGGAGUUACUGAAGGAUAGCGAAUCGCACUUUGUUACUGCCCCUUUCACCGGCUAUUGUGCGUUUCUCUCUAGUACUGUCCACGUAUUUGGUGUUUUCUCCAAAAAUCCGGCGAUGGAGGCUGCAUCCAAGAGGAAUCUUGCUACGAAUGUCAAGUACCUCACGAAGAUGAAGAGGUACUGGGGCAUGUUUCACUGGAUGUCCGAAAAUCUCAAGGAGCAGUAUAGAGUGUGCGCGGAUGCCGCAAGACAAGGCUCGUCUGCGAGCGGCACUACGCAGUCGCCGAGCAUCUUUCAAUAUGGCGAUUGGUUUGACCGGUAUCCUCAUGGCGUCUCACAAUCUGAUUUCGAGGAUCCAGCUAUAGGAGUAAAGAAGGAGAAAGGGGACGAUGCGGCGCUUGGUGAGGAAUCAGGUUACCAAACAGUCGAAAAAUUCUUUCACACACUCGAACCG